AUGCCGCUAAUGAGGACCUGGAUCAUGCCGGGGGGUUGGCCCGUGCUUUGGUGGAAGCUGGAGGAUCAGACAUUGAAAAAGGACAGCAAAGAAUAUGUUAAGACCAAUGGAAGGUUAAAAACCGGACAGUGCGCAGUGACACGUCCCGGCAAUCUCCCCUGUAAGUGUCUCCUUCAUGCCGUGGGUCCGGUGUGGUUCAUAGAAGCUGCCAAUAGAUGUGACGAUGAGCUUUCCGAAUGCAUCAGGAACGUGUUGAAAUAUGUGAAUCAGCACACAGACAUCAAAUCUGUGGCCAUCCCAGCCGUGAGCUCCGGGAUCUUUGGGUUUCCUCUCCAACGGUGCGCAGAUAUUAUGGUGAAGACCAUUCACUUAUUCUUUUUAACUGUGACACAGACCCAUCUAAAGGAGAUCCGACUGGUGAAUAACAAUGACCCGGCUGUCCAAGCCAUGAAGGCGGCCUGUGAAAACAUCUUUGGUCCAAGUGAUGACCUCAGUGGAGCCACAUCUGCUUCCUCUUCUCAAACAAGGCCAGUGACACGCAGCAUGACCGCUACAUCACAACCCUCACCAACAACGUCCAGCUAUAGGAGCGCCCUUAUGCAGCCCUCAGCACACGGGUCCCCUAUGGAGAUGUCACAGCCCAUCACCAUCAAUGGAUUGACCCUUCACCUGAAACGUGGGCUGAUAGAGGAACAGAAGGUAAGUCCAUCACAUGUCUCUUCCCGUCCGUCACCACGGAUAAUGAGUACAGCCAUAUAUACGAUUACACAGGAGAGCUUUCCUGGUGUCUCAGCUUUGCUUUACCCUGAAAAAAAAAAUUUGAAUCUGCCAUUCUCCCUGGAGUGCCCUGGGUGGGCUUAG